UCCACAUGCCUCAUCCAUUCCGUGUUUUCCAUCAGUCUCAUCCGAGGCGCUAUCCAGCAUUAUGUGGACAAAACGAUUUAAGGGCACAUUAACUGCAGAAAACAGUGUGGAUGGAGCGAGAUGCGGGCUGCUCCGGGAUCAUCGUUGCACGGAAGGACCAACGCAUAACAGCGGGAUAUGAAAUAGCGCUUAUAAUGAGCACUGCGCUUGAUGUGGAUGAAUCCGGCUGGAGAUGAUGUUGCGUCUGCGGAGUCUCGUAUCUGAGGUGAAGGGAUUUUACAUCUGUUUAUCCAGGGCAAACACACAGGUUAAGCCUGACCUCUCGAAACAUAUUUUGACAUUAUUUCCAGCAAAGGAGAACAGCUGUGUUUGUCAUUGAAGACUUCUUGAAUCUGACUGACAGAUGUCUUAUGAUGAAUGACUGCAGUUAAGGACCUUUGCUGUGACUCUUUUAAAUAUGUACAUACAUUUCCCAUGUGGAUUUUAUUCUUAAGAACCUGUGAAUACGGAUGAAAGCGCACAGGCGGACUCAACUAUCAAGUGCAGGAUGCAUUUUACCAAUCCGAAAUGAUGCGAUUCUCUGGAUUCCGAACACCAAAAUUUUUCAUGGCCUUUGUGAUGAGAAGAUGGAAAAUCUUACUGGUGCUAAAUGUGUUUACGGUGGCUGGCUUCAUCACUUUUUGGGGCAAGUGCAAUUUACGCACAACCAAAGCUGUUGGUCAACAGGCGGCUGCUGAUGCGAGAGGACAGACGUAUCUGAAUGGAUCUGCUCAGGAGACAAGCAUCUCUCAUGAUGUGCUCUUGAAAAGACUGGGAUCACUGGAAGAUGUGGUGUACAGACAACUGAAUGGUUUGUCCAAUUCUCUUGGACUCAUCGAAGGUUUUGGAGGCCGAGGUAGAGGAGGUAUACCAGCCACGCUUACACCGACAGAAGAAAAAGAGGCCAAAUACCUGAGGGAGAAAUAUGGCUACAAUGCAUUUCUGAGUGACAAAAUCUCUCUGGAUAGAUCUAUUCCAGAUUAUCGGCCCAGCAAAUGCAAAAAGGCCUUUUAUCCCCGUGACCUGCCACAGAUUUCCAUCAUCUUCAUCUUUGUAAAUGAGGCGUUGUCCGUCAUCCUGCGCUCUGUUCAUUCAGCUGUCAACCACACACCGGCUCAUCUUUUAAAAGAGAUCAUCUUGGUGGAUGACAACAGUGAUGACGUGCAACUGAAAGGGCCACUGGAGGAGUACGUCAACAAGCGCUACCCGGGUCUUAUCAAAAUAGUGCGCAAUCAGAAGAGAGAGGGCCUCAUCCGAGCUCGCAUCGAGGGCUGGAAAGUGGCCACCGGGGAGGUGACUGGCUUCUUUGAUGCCCAUGUUGAGUUCACGCCGGCAUGGGCUGAACCUGUUCUGUCUAGAAUCAAGGAGAACCACAAGAGAAUCAUCCUGCCGUCCAUAGAUAACAUUAAAGACGAGACGUUUGAGCUGGAGCGUUAUGAGAACUCAGGCCACGGCUAUAACUGGGAGCUCUGGUGUAUGUACAUUAGCCCACCGAAACAGUGGUGGGAUGAAGGGGACACUUCUGCACCCAUCAGGACGCCCGCAAUGAUAGGCUGCUCUUUUGUGGUAAACCGGGAAUACUUUGGGGAGUUGGGCCUUCUGGAUGCUGGGAUGGACGUGUAUGGAGGCGAAAAUAUAGAGCUGGGAAUCAGGGUUUGGCUGUGUGGGGGCAGCAUGGAAGUUCUGCCCUGUUCCAGAGUGGCCCAUAUUGCUAGAACAAAAAAGCCCUACCACAGUAACAUCGCCUUUCACACUAGACGCAAUGCUCUUCGAGUGGCAGAAGUCUGGAUGGACCAAUACAAAUCUAAUGUCUAUUUGGCAUGGAACCUCCCAAUGAAGAACCAUGGCAUUGACUAUGGAGACGUAUCCCAGAGACUAGCGCUCAGGGAAAGACUCCAGUGCAAAAGCUUUGAGUGGUACCUCGACAAUAUCUAUCCAGAGAUGAGGAGAUACAACAACACUCUCUUUUAUGGAGAAAUUCGCAAUACCAACGUGACUCAUCUGUGUGUGGACCAGGGCAUAAAGGAAAACCACACGGCAACUCUGCACCCAUGCCAUGGCUGGGGCCCUCAGCUGGGUCGCUACACUAAGGAGGGUUAUCUUUUCCUGGGUCCUCUGGGAAGCACUGGCGAAGACACUCGGUGUGUGGUGGAUGAUAAAAUCAGCAACUACCCACAGCUCCUGAACUGCGAGAAAGUCUCUAGCGUACGCCAGAAAACUUGGCACUUUGCACAGAAUGAAUCAAUCAUCAACCGAGCUACAAGACGCUGUCUCGAGGUAGUGCCGGCUAAUGUCUACUUCGGCUACGCUCUGAUCCUGCGUUCCUGCACUGGCCAGAAGUGGAACAUCAAGAAUUUAAUGAAACAGGACCAAGGGCAGUGAGUCAGUGCCCUUAGAAAGUUGGAAAUCUCAAUGGCCUUCAUCAAGUGUUUGGGAACUUGAUUCAGUUUUGUGGAACUCUAGCCAAAGGGGUGCGGAUCUUGUUCGCGUUUGUUUAGUUUUCGGUCUUGCUACAUUCCACGUUACAAAAUAUUAAAAGAUAUUUGAGGCACCAUUCAGGUUCUGGAGAAACUCUAGACAUCCUUUCCAAAAGGACAGUUCUCUGAGGAACGUUGGAUUCCAUAAGUUCCUGGAAGAACUCUAAAGAACAUCAACAGUUCCUAAAGUAACCUCAAUGCAAUUAAGUCCCUUUAGUUUGCAAUUGGAUAUUUGAGGUUCAACCAUGAGAACAAACAUGUGACUCGAAUUUUGUGUGCUGAAACCAAAAGACAACUAAAUGAUUGACUAUUGUAUUGCAAGUACUCUAUACAUUAUUGUAUGCAUCAUUUAAAUCUACUCUUAAAUUAAAUACAUGAACAUUUAGUUUGUAUCCUGAAA